AUGAUUCGCCCUGUAGCCCCCACUGACAGCAAAGCCAGCCUCGUCGCUCUUGCCGCUUCCACUGGCAUCUUCCAGCCUGGCGAAGCCGAGAUGCUCCUUGGGGAAACGUUAGACCACCUCUAUGCCAACGCGCUGGGAGACCACCAUUAUGCGUUUGUUUCAGUGGACGACGAGACCAUCAAUGGCUGGGUCUACUUGAGCAUCAUGAAGGACACGGAUCGAGUGUGGAACUUGUGGUGGAUUGGCGUCGCUCCGGGCCAUCAAGGCAAAGGCGUCGGUCGUCGACUCAUGGAGUUUGUCCAAGCAUUUGUGCGGCAGCAAGGCGCACGCAUUCUGCUCGUGGAAACCAGCGCGACAGACAUGUUGGCCAAGACGAGAGCGAUUUACACCCGCUGGGGGUUCACAAACUGCGGCGAAAUCCCCGACUUUUAUGCCGACGGCGAGGGCAAAGUGACUUUUUGGAAACGCAUUUUGUAA